AUGUCAAGCAGCUCUGGCUCAGGCGGUGGCUUGACGGUUGCCAGUUCGCCUACAACAACCUGUACCUGCACGGCUUACUCGCAAAUUGCUCCGGCUGUGGCAUCCUGCAGCGCCAUCACGCUACAGGACAUCGCUGCUCCGACAGAUAGCUCCAUCGACCUUUCGAAAUUGAAAGCCAACUCGGUGGUUACUUUUGCCGGCAAGACGACGUUUGCGUUCACUAAUUCAAGCGGCUUCAACCCAAUGAUAUUCGGUGGGGCGAAUGUUACUAUUACCUCAGCGCCAGGGGCAAUCAUCGAUGGGAAUGGACAAGCUUAUUGGGAUGGCCAAGGAUCCAAUGGGGGAGUUCCAAAACCCGAUCACUUUAUUGUCGUCAGCAAGAUGACAGCCGGAUCAAAGAUCCAGAACCUCCACAUUCAAAACUGGCCUUCACAUCUUUUCAGCAUCUCCGGUUGCUCCAAUACGACCAUGCAGAAUCUGUUUCUGGACAACUCCGCAGGAGAUGCGCCGAACGCUAGAAGUAAAGGCCUUCCAGCUGCCCACAACUCGGAUGGCUUUGACCUUGGCAGUAGCAGCAACUUCGUCAUCACCGAUAGCAUAGUCUACAACCAGGAUGACUGCGUGGCCAUCUCAAGUGGAAACAAUGUCACGGUGUCAAAUAUGUACUGCUCAGGAGGACAUGGUCUGAGCAUUGGCUCAGUUGGAGGCAAGAGCAACAACAACGUUACCAACAUCCUUUUCACCAACAGCCAAAUCCUCAACUCCCAAAACGGCGCACGCAUCAAGUCGAACUUCAACACUACAGGCUUCAUCUCCAACAUCACAUACAGCAACAUCUUCGUCAGCAACAUCUCCAUCUACGGCAUCGAUGUACAGCAGGACUACCUGAACGGCGGACCGAAGGGCACCCCCUCGAACGGAGUCAUCAUCUCCAACCUUCUGUUCCAGAACCUCACCGGCACGGCGACGGCAAGUGCGAGAGACUACUAUGUUCUCUGUGGCAGUGGAAGCUGCAGCAAUUUUAUGUUCACUGAUGUGAGCAUCACGGGUGGUGGGAUGAAUAGUUCUUGUAAUUACCCGGCGAGUGGAUGUCCGGUGCCUUAUUAG